AUGGAGCACAGACGAAUAAGUAUCUUGAUGUAUGCAUGUAUCAUAUUGCAUAAUAUGAUUUUCGAAUAUGAAGGGAAAACGAUUUGCUACUACAAUGAAAAUAAAAAUUUACCAAAUGUCAAAGGAGUUGGUGUUGGUUCAAAGGCGUACAUGGCGAACAUAGGGGAAGUAUACGAUCGGGUUGUACACCACAACCUUCACGUUGAUUUGUUGGAACACAUCUUCAAUACUCAAAUGAAUCCCGUCGUUGACGAUUUUGUUGAAGACGACUUGUUCGAUGAUACAGAUGAUGAAUCAUAA